UCCAGACUCAGACUCGGGCCAGACCUGCUUUUAGUCCCGGUUUAGUCCCGGUUUAGACCCGGUUUGAGUCUCUUUUUAAACCGUUCCAGAGCCGGGUUUGGACCAGGACCAGAGACAUGAAAGCUCUCAUUUUACUGCUCAUUGGACUCAGCUGCUGCUUCGCGCAAAAUGUGUUCCUGGAAAGCCAGCAGGCGGCGCAAGUACUGCAGAGGAACAAACGAGCUAAUCAGAUGUUUGAGGAGGUGAAGCCAGGAAACCUGGAGAGGGAGUGUCUCGAGGAGAUCUGUGACCAUGAAGAAGCCCGAGAAGUUUUCGAACAGACAGUUCCAACAAAAACAUUCUGGACCAAGUACUUAGAUUGUAAAGGCACUGAGCUGGAGAGGAACACAAACAACAUCAAACUGGUGCGCGACUGUCUAGAUGGCGCAUGUGUGUUUGGGAAAGGACUGAGCUACGGAGGAAACAUGAGCAUUACCAAAUCAGGACGAGUAUGUCAACGUUGGAGUACCUCCUACCCCCAUCCUAUCAUGAGAGAGUUUAAUGUGAGUGAGAACCCUCAGCUUCAGGAGAACUUCUGCAGAAACCCAAAUGACCAGGAGCAGCCCUGGUGCUUCACCAGAGACCCCACCGUCCAGAAAGAAGCCUGCUCGGUGCCCAAGUGUGGUGAAGCGUUUGUCCCACCCCUUCUGGCUCAGGAGCCAAUGAGGUCGGUGGAUUGCCUGUUGAAUCAGGGUGUGGACUACACGGGGGACCUUUCUGUCACUCUGGGGGGUCACUCAUGUCUGUCCUGGGUCAAUCCUGUCGUCCAGUCCCUCAGCGCUGAUAAAGAGUUCCUCCCUGAAGUCAAACUGCCCCAGAACCACUGCAGGAACCCAGACCAGGACUCAGAGGGACCCUGGUGCUUUGUGGAGGUCAAUGGGAACGUGACAGUGGACUACUGCGAUCUACAGCUGUGUGAGGACCUUGUCACAGCUCCAGACCCAUCUCAGGAGCAGAGUUCUGGGAGAGAACGUUCAGUUCUGAAGGACACUAGAAAAAACCUGUUCAACCCACGAAGCUUUGGCCUCGGAGAGGACGUGUGUGGACGCCGCCCCCUUUUUGAGAGUAAGUCAGUGAAGGAUGGAAAGGAGGAGGAGCUUCUGGAGUCGUACAGAGGAAGUCGCAUCGUGGGCGGGAUCGAUGCUGAGGUCGCCUCUGCGCCAUGGCAGGUGAUGUUGUACAAGCGUAGUCCUCAGGAGCUGCUGUGUGGGGCCAGUCUCAUCAGUGACCAGUGGAUCCUGACCGCUGCCCAUUGCAUCCUGUACCCGCCCUGGAACAAGAACUUUACCAUCAGUGACCUGCUAGUGCGGCUGGGGAAGCACAACAGAGCCAAGUUUGAGCGCGGUAUGGAGAAGAUUGUUGCCAUCGACAACAUCAUUGUUCAUCCCAAAUACAACUGGAAAGAAAAUCUGAACCGAGACAUCGCUCUGCUCCACUUAAAGAGACCCGUCACCUUCUCUGAUAACGUCCAUCCCAUCUGCCUUCCCAGCAAGGCCGUGGCCCGAGCGCUGAUGACUGAGGGUUAUAAGGGCAGAGUGACCGGUUGGGGGAACCUGAAGGAGACAUGGAACCCAGCGGCUCGAAACCUUCCCACGGUCCUACAGCAAAUUCACCUGCCCAUAGUGGAUCAGAACAUCUGUAGAGCCUCCACAUCUGUGCGCAUCACAGACAACAUGUUCUGUGCAGGGUACAAGCCGGAUGACACUCAGAGGGGAGAUGCCUGUGAAGGAGACAGUGGAGGACCGUUCACUAUGAAGUACCCACCUGAGGACCGCUGGUACCAGAUGGGCAUUGUGUCAUGGGGCGAGGGCUGUGAUCGUGAUGGAAAGUACGGCUUCUACACUCACCUGUUCAGACUGGGCAGGUGGAUCAGGAAGGUCAUCGACAACACAGCCAGCGACAGAGAAGACUAAAUAUAUUACAUAUAUACUGCAAUGCUACAAUGCUACAAUACUACAAUAAACAUGAGAACAACUA